GUACAGAUAAUGGUUGUGUGCUAACAUUUUUAGAAUGUUAUUAAAGACCACAUAAUUUGAACAAAAGUUCUUGGAAGAACUUUAUUCUUAACUUUGAGAGAACUUUGCUAGCUGGGUAGUUUCCAUUGCUCUCUUCAUAGUUUCUCAGUCUUCACUCCGCUGCUCCAGUAACUUCUGACACUAAUCCUGAGCACUGAGUUUUAAGUUUAACGGCGUGAGGCUGGAGCUCAGUGGAGUUGAUCAAUAUGAGCUGCUGGAAUGUGCUUUUCCUCAUUAAUGAUAUCCAGGCUUUAGUUCGGACCCUUGGAAAUGUGUACAAGAAUCUCAAAGUACGAUCACGUGGAUCAGAGAAAAGAAAAAGCAAAGAGACUGAGGUUCUAGCGCAUUCACCCAAGGCUUCAGCUGAAGAUAAACCUCUCAUUGUUGUCUUUGAGUUCUGCUGUGAUCAUCAUGAAGUCACGGUGAAAUGCCAGGAGCGUUUCGGGAACAUGACGCGGGUGUAUUAUCGAGAGGCCAUGGGAGCCUUCAUCGUUUUCGACGUCACACGGCCGUCAACAUUCGAGGCGGUGACAAGGUGGAAGGAGGAUCUCGACGCCAAGCUGAGUUUAUCCAACGGCAAACACGUGGCGGCCGUAUUGCUCGCCAACAAGUGCAAUCAGGGCAGAGACGUUCUCACCAACAAUGGCAUCAAGAUGGAGCAGUUCUGCCAGGAGAACGGCUUCGUGGGAUGGUUUGAGACGUCAGCCAAGGAGAAUAUUAAUAUAGAUGAGGCCGCACACUGUCUGGUGAAGCACAUUAUAGCUAAUGAGAAUGAUCUGCUGCAGUCAGAGGUUGCAGAAACCAUCUCGCCGCAGCAGGAGUCCAGCCGCGGAGGAACCUGCUCGGCGUGUUUCAGGUCCUGAAGAAGAUCUCCAGAGGGUCCCAGAGGAACGCUUCUCCAUUCUACCUCAUCCCAUCUCUUUCAGGUCUUUCCAUCACGUUUCUUCCCUUCUCAUCUCAUUCACGUCUCCUCUCGUCUCUGUUUAUCUGUGUCAGCGGCGGAGAUGCGACCUUGCCGCCAUGUCUCGGUUUCCAUGGUAACAAGCCUUAUCGAACACUCUGCAGAGCAGAACAUUU